AUGCCGUCGCCGGCCGACGUGGCGCAGGUCGUGCUGCGGUGGUUCGAGACCUCUCUGCAGUGCCAGAAGAAGAUCCCUCCCGCCGAGUGGACUGUGCUAGCUGGUAUUGUAUUGCACACACGCGCUCUUCCCCCGCACGUUCCAGAAAACGCAGCGUCCGUUGAUAGCUUACGCGUGUUGGCAGCGGCCACAGGUAACAAAUGUCUUGGAAGGCGCGACCUGAACGCUGACGGCUUUGUAGUCAACGACUGCCAUGCCGAGGUGCUCGCAAGACGCGCGUUCCUCCGCCACCUAUACGUUGAGGCGCUUCGUUGGCAGGAAAAUAGACUGGAAGCCACUGAACGGUCGAUCUUUCAGCGCAGCCCGACGUCGGGUCGACUGGUGCUCAGACCACAGCACACGCUGCACCUCUUUAUCAGCGAAGCACCUUGUGGAGACGCAGCUAUUUACGAGUUGCGUGAGGACGUUGUGGAUCAGCUGGUGCAGCAACGAGCAGCGAGAAGCAGCUGCAAGAGCGGCGGAGUCGGACGCCAGCUCAAGCCACGCAGUGAAUUGCGACUCACUGGAGCCAAGAGACUCAGAGAUGGUAUUGCUGGUAAAAGCCGAGAUACCCCGCUACCCGAUGAACGGUUUGCCCAGGCAGUCGGUGUCGCACGGGUAAAGUCGGGUCGAUCGGACUUACCUCUCGACAAGCAGACACUAUCGAUGAGCUGCUCUGACAAACUGGCCAAAUGGAACGCGCUAGGACUGCAGGGUUCUCUCUUGCUGCAAUGGUUCGAGCCGAUCUUCUUGAGUUCUAUCGUUGUAAGCGAAGACGACAGAGCAAAGUCGGUAGCCGUGCAAGAGCAAGCGCUGAAACGAGCUGUGUGCUUACGACUGAAACAACGCGGUGCGGUGAUUGCGGGGGCGCGUCGGUCUGUUUGUAAAGUGUGUGUUAUCUCGGGCACUCCCCAGUUCAGUCGCCGCCGAACAUCGAACCGCGCACCGUCCAGUGUAGCGCUCAAUUGGACCGUUAAGGAAUCCUCUUGCACACGAGGCGAUAGGCAAAUGCUAGCGCUCGAAUCGAUGGACAAAAUGGAUGUCGCAGGGACGUUCUUCAACAGCUUCGAGCUCGAGUUUCUUACGGCUACCACUGGGUUCAAGCAGGGUGCUCAGAAGGCGUCUACAAUGGAUCAGGUUGCGAUGGAGAAGGUGGCCUCACGUCUGUCAAAGAGAAACUUGCUUCGGGCGUUUCAUCUCGUGCUGCGCAGGAGUUUGCCUCUAGCCACCGUUUAUGAUCUCGAGUAUCUUCAGCUCAAGCGCGCGGUUCCUAUUGACGAUGCUGCAUCCUCUACGCGUGUGACAACGACAGCUUUUAUCUCCUCUAGCGACCGGCGACAGCACUUUUUCGCAGCGUUUAGCGACUGGAUCGGGGUCCCUUGUACGUUCAAGCAGUUCAAGGUCUAG